AUGUCGAGAAGGUCACCACCGUCCUCGUCCCGUUCCAGGGACCACGGCCUUGUGUUGGCCGAGAAGACCAGCUCGCGGGAGCCAACUCUGCCCACGCACGUCAACAAGUAUGCCGAUGCGAACGGCAACUCGAAGCUUACACCACACAUCAAGGCCGCCGGUGAGAGUGGCCGACGUGGCAUCCAUCCGCUUCACUUCUUCCGCAUUGCCUUCCGCUCCUCCAGCCGCAUCUCCAUGGUCGUCAGCAUCCUGUGGCCUGUCGUACCAGCCGCCAUCGCAGUCAAAUAUGCCCGCCAUGAGUGGCAUAUGGCCAUCUUUGUCCUGGCUUACAUCGCCAUGGUACCCUGUGCCAAUCUCGUUGGCUUCGCCGGCCAGGAGUUCGCCAGAAAAGUCCCCCACGUAGCUGGCGUCCUCGUAGAGACAUGCUUCGGUUCGGUCGUCGAAAUUGUUCUCUUCAUGGUGCUUCUUAGCAGAGACCAGUUCCCUGUCAUUCAGGCGGCUAUUCUAGGUUCGAUCCUCGCUACAAUGCUCCUAUGCCUAGGAUUGUGCUUCUUCGCCGGAGGCAUGAAACGUGACGAGUCUUCGUUUAGCGAGGUUGUUAGCGAAGCCGGCAACGGGCUCCUGCUCACAGCAGGGUUUGGCCUUGCCGUGCCAACUGUCUUCCGCUGGUCCCUCGCCGAGACUGAGAACGCCGAGAGCCUGACAAAUAGCACAAUGCAAGUCAGCCGUAUUACCUCCAUUCUAUUGAUCAUCGCCUACUUCGUCUACAUCUGGUUCCAGGCUCGCACCCACCACGGAAUCUAUGCUGCCAUCUUCGAACACGACGAGGAGCGAGACAAUGAUAAGACUAGAGAUAUGCACAAGGAUAAGCUUACCCUUACGGAGUGCGCUAUUGCUCUAGCGAUCUCCAUCGCGCUCGUCACUAUCCUUGCAAUUGCCCUGGUCGAUGAGAUCCCCUUUAUUAUUGAGCAUGGUGUCUCGGAUCCUUUUAUGGGUCUUAUUCUCGUGCCUCUUGUUGAGAAGGCUGCAGAGCAUCUGACAGCCAUUGACGAGGCCUGGGACAACCAAAUGAAUUUCGCCCUGUCACACGUUCUCGGCGCCACGCUGCAGACAGCCCUGUUUAACGCACCCCUUGUCGUUAUUGUUGGUUGGGGCUUGCAAAAGGAGAUGGGCUUGGACUUUGAGAUUUUUAACAUGGUCGUGCUGAUCCUCGCCAUCGUCACCGUCGGGCAGUUCCUGCGAGACGGCAAGAGCAACUAUCUCGAGGGUUUCCUUUGCGUCAUCGUCUACAUUGCCAUUGCUGUCGCCGCCUUCUACUAUCCGAACCCACAUGAGGAGGGAUCCACAGCUGAGGGUGGCGGCGAGUCCAGUGGCUCUGAGGCUCACAGACUCAUGAUGUUUUAG